AUGUACCAGAGCUUUUACCGUCGUUUGCAAAUAACAAGCUCCAUUUACCUUGAGCUCGUAGCAAGUGUUACGUUUACGAAGCGCAAAUUCGGUCUAAUGAAGAAGGCGUAUGAACUGUCGGUACUAUGUGAUUGUGAAAUAGCGUUGAUCAUUUUCAAUUCUGGAAACAAGUUGUUUCAAUACGCUAGCACCGAUAUGGACAAAGUUUUACUUAAGUACACCGAAUAUAGCGAACCACACGAAAGUAAGACCAACGCUGAAAUAAUGGAAGCCUUACAACGGAAGGAGAAUAAAACUGGAGGUGUAGAUUCUGAUGACGAUUCAGCUGGGCCAUCAACCCCAAAUUUAUCAAAUGGUACAGCAGCGACGAUCAGUAAUGUGCAAAAUGACUACAACAACGGUGUUGCGGCGAACAUUGCUCAACAACUUUUUAAUCCAAACAUGUUUCUUAAUCCUAUUGCAACUUACAACGGUUCACGGAGUUCAUUACAACCGUCGAGGCCACAGCCACGAGCUGACACUCAGCGAUCGGUACACCAGCUAGACUUCCCGUCAACAAGCGCUUUUGCGGGUUUUUCAGACUGCUCAGCAAGCCCUCGACAAGUGGUCGAAAGCUCUCGCAAUACCCAAAUCGACGUAGUAGCUCGCCCCAGCAGUGUCCAGCUGGUUACACAUCAACAAAGUGCAGUUGAUGGUCAAACAGAUGUGAGCCAAGGGGAUAGAAUUCAGUUAGGUACACAACAGUGGUUGGAAUCGUUGCAUCCGAAAUCGUACGUUAAAUUGGAACCCAAUUCACCAGCGGAAAAGAGGGCUCGGGUCGAUAACUGGGGGGCGCAGCCAAUUACCUAG